AUGGCGCGCACGCAGCUUGCCACCCGGCUGGCCGUCUUGGCCACAUGCCUUCUCUGGGCAAAGCCGACACCAUCACAGACUUUUGCGAUCGGGUCGACUGGUUCAGGCCAGGCGCCGUUGACGCGUCGUGAAUCCGUGAUCUUGGGCUCCUGGAGUGCUUGGCUCGCACUUGCGCCCUCUGCCUGCGCGGGCACGAAGGUGGACCUAACGCUGCCUGUCACGAAGGAGAGGAUCCCAGAGGUGAAGAAAGCUCUGUUGCAGCUGGCAGACGAGACUGGACGAGGAACGACUGCCACGCCAGAGCAGAAGCGGUCCAUGGAUAGCUUUGCCUUGGCUUUAGCCUCGGCAGAGCCCUCGCGUCCUGCUUCGCCUGACAUGCUUUCAGGCACUUGGAACCUGGUCUACACCACUGAGAAAGAGGUGCUCUCCUUGAUCGGUGAUCCAGGCGUCUCGGUCUACCAGAAGCUGGACUCUUCGGCUGGGACUCUGGGGAACAGCAUCGUCUUCACGGACGGAAAGCGUUUCGAUGUUUCCGGCACGGUGUCCUCUGGCAAGCAGCCGGAAGCAGCUGCGGAUGGGUACCCAGCCGGGCUUCGAAGCUCCUUUCGCUUUGUGGGAGCUGCUCUGACGGUGAACCCGAGUAUCACGGUGCCCUUGCCGCCCUUCGGUGCUGGCUGGUUUGUCUCCGUCUACUUGGAUGAGAACUUGCGAGUGAAUCGUGACUCGCGUGGCGAUCUCGCCAUAUACUUUCGCGCAUAG